AUGUUUAUUAGUUCAAAUAUUUUACCAAUAACAUAUGGUCUUUUCUUUAGGCAUGUACAAUCAGUUAGUGUUCAGGGAUAUUUAAAAUGUAAUGAUAAACCUGCUACUGAUAUUACAGUAAAAUUAUAUGAUAAGGAUACAUUUACUUUUGAUGACUUAAUGGCAAAAGGAAAAACUGAUUCAAAUGGAUAUUUUAAAUUAAGUGGUAGUGAAAAAGAAAUGACAAAGAUUGAUCCAGAACUUGUAAUUCACAAUUCAUGUGGUUCAAAACUUGGAAAAUUUUCAAUGAAACGAAUUAAAGUUACUAUACCUAAAAGUUAUAUUACCAAUGGACCUAUUCCAUCAAAAGUAUUUGAUAUUGGUACUAUGGAAUUGGCUGGAAAAAUAAAAACAUAA